GCUCAGAUGCAGAAGGCUCAAACAGACUUGCAACGCCAGGAGCACAACGUCGAGAAUGACUUGCAGCGCCUCGCGCGGGCCAAGGAGCAGGUGCUGGAGUGCGAGAAGGCGCUGCGCGAGUCCAGGGCGCAGUUACGUGCUUCGGAUGAGGGCUACAAGACGGCGUUUUCCGAGUUCAAGAGCUACCAGGAGGCAGAGGCGGGCGUGGGCUUCUUCGUCGACUGCGACGCCCCCCUGCUCGAGGACCUGGUCUCGGCCGAAGUGGAACUUGAGGAAGCGGACAAGACUGAGUACCAUAAGCGGCGCGUGCUGCGCAUGAGGCUCACCGUGCUCGAGCUGCUGCCAGGAAGCGCAAGACCACCGACAGUGUCGCAGCUGGAG